CUUCAGUUUCUUCAAUCAUAGAUUUUUGUAUCAUUUUAAGAUUCCUUUCUUCGAUGUCUCAGGAUCAUCUAUCUGAAAGAUAUUAAGCAUUUCGAAUUUAUAUAUCCAAACAUACGAUCUGUAUUACGAUAUUUUGCAUUACAGAUUUCCAAGUUUUCGAUUUGUACUCAUGAUCGAAGCUUGAAUCACACUGGAUUCUGGAUCCUUCGUUGUUUUUCUAUAAGGGGAUUGCGAUCGAGUCGCCGAAGAGAUUUUAUAUUCCAGCGAGUCUUCCGUCUCUUCACGAUUAUUUCCUCGAUUUAGGAUUCUGCACGUGCUGACAAAGUGACGCACUCGCUCGCGCGCCUCUGAACUUGGGGAAGGCCCUUUCUCACUCGCGUUUUGAUCGUUGUUUACCGCGAUUUAUAUGCAACAUUCGUAACUCUUUUGCUCCCUCACUCGCGCAUUCCGCGCACGCAAUAUCGUUUGCGGGGAAAUACAAGGGAGAUGGAUGAGAUACUGAUACCAUCAUAAUUACUCAUUUGCCCGCUUAUUAUCCCACUUGGAAGGAAAGAGAUCAUUUCCCUGGUGCAAUUAUAGCAUCAAUCCACGUCGGUGCAAAUUAGCCCUUGCAGUGGAAAGUGACUACAAGAUACUGGUAAUCAAUCUUUAAUUACGUAAUACCGGCUGUACGUCGCAUAAAAAGAACUGGGUUAUACGUAAACAAAUAACUCGGAUUGCCUUGAAGGAAAUCAUUGGGAGCUGAUAGGCCCAUUUAUCGAGUACGAUACUCGUAAAUUGCAAACGACGAGGUCAAUCGCUUCACGCCAACUGCAUAUGACUGUCCUUACACUUGACGGAUUACGGAUCCUUCCACGAAAGGACGAGCUCUCGAAUUAUGGACCAUUGAGCAACGGGGCUCGAUUUGCUCUACCGAUUUCCUAUUACCGUAAUAGUCGGUUUCCAGUCCACCCGACUAUUAAUAGCGUUUGGCAGAGAAAGUAUGUCUAUUUUCCACACAGAUGCUCGCAAUAGACGAGCGAUUUUUUAUUAGCUCAUUCCACACGAAAUUGAAUUUAGAGUUACAAAAGUAGUAGAAUUAUAAAAUUGUACGUACUUAUGUGUAUAUAUAUGAUUACAUUUAAGAAUACUUUUAUCCAAUUUCGACGCCGUACGUGAUAAACGCGGAAAGCACGUGCAAUGUAAAGCUAUUUAAGAGACUCGCUUUCAUCUAGUGACUCAAACUAGUUUGUGGGUGGAGGAAGUUUUCAAUGCAUUUGAAAAUAUGCGAUCAAAUCGCUUUCCGCGGAAGCUUCCACACCUCUCCCGCUUCACUCUCGCGAAUUUUUGGCAAGAAAUGCUUUCUCGAAGAAGCGCGUUUGCGGCUUCUAUCUCCUUCUUUACUUCUUUUCCAAGAAUCCAUCUCGAAUCCGCCAUAUCUGACGUUGAAAUUCGGGUCGGGUCAAGUUGAUCUUGUUCUCAUUAAUUGUUGCAGUGAUAACACGUAACUGAUAUCGUGAUCUGGCAAAUUCAAAGAUUCGAAUAUAAAAUAAAUGUAGAAGGAGAGUCGCUCAGAAAUUUGAACCGCUAAUAAACAUACGCAAUUACAAUUAUAUUAAAAGAGAUAUCAACAACUGAUCAUUGCUGUGAUCCAGAAAAAAAAUUCCUGGAGAUGAGCCGGAUAAGACGUCCGACACGCCUAAAAACAUCCGCGAAUAUGCGCUCGCACGUCACUUCUUGUUGGGAGAUUUGCAGACAUGCCGUGGUAAAUCGUCUAAAUAUUUGGCUACUGCAGACUUCAUCAAAACUGCUCCGUGCAGUCGACUGCACCACAUGCGUCAGUUUCGUUUCGCUCGACAUUCGCUGAAAAGCGUUGAUCACUGUCAAACUUAAUCUGAUCUCACGUGUCCGUCGGAGUCCCUUCGAAUGUCAAAUCACGGUGGUAUCAAUGACAAAGAUAAUUACGAGUCUCUUCGUCGACCCAGUCUCUCCGUAAAGAUGCAACGUAGCCUGAGAAAAAUGAGCAAAGGCAUCAAAAAAAUUACCGAAAUCAUCCAGGAGGAUGAUAAACAUUCAUCAUACAUCUUUCCCGAGCAACUGUCCGCCUUGACCAGUCGCACCGGGUUUUCGAAGGAUGAAAUUCGUAAACUGUAUCGCGCCUUCAAGCAGCUGUGCCCCAGAGGAUGCGCGACGUCCGGCGACUUGAAACCCGCAUACGCCAAACUGUUUCCGCUUGGCGAUCCGGCUAGAUACGCGCAGAUAGUGUUCAACAGCUUCGACCGAGACGGCGACGGCAUCGUCAGCUUCAACGAUCUUCUCGGAGCCAUGACAUUGAUCAUCAAUGGCAAUGUGGACCAAAAGCUUUCCUGGAUAUUCGGGUUCUACGAUCUGAAUGGGGAUGGUUGUAUCACAAGACAUGAAAUGUUGGUCAUAGUAUCCGCGAUUUACGAGAUGGUGCAGAAUACGCGGACUAUCCAGUCCGUGGUUAACAAACAGGUGGACAGGUUCUUUGAAAAGAUGGAUACGAACAGAGACGGCUUGAUCUCAAGGGACGAGUUCAUGAGCGGUUGUAAAAAUGAUGCUUUUAUAUACAGCCAGUUAUUUUUAUUUAACAAUAUCUGGUGAUGGGAUGAAAGUGACCUUAAGAGAUUAAUGAAAAUAAUUUAUAC